AUGGAAGAGCUUCCAGAAAGCACCAACAGAUCCACUUUCACUCCACACCACAGUCCUCCUAUUGUAAAAGCCACAGCAAAGCAUCUGGAGGGCUUCCCCACAAUAAAAGGGGAUGAGCGCCAUUGCAACUUUGUCUCACAUUACAAAGACACCUUCCAGGGAGCCUGGAGCAGAGCUGCUCAACCUGUGGACAAGCACUCCUCCUCAGUGAUUAUGGGUGACCCUGUGAAGAUUGUGGAGAGAGAAACAACCCACAGUGCCUCAUUCAGCCGGCCCACAGCCUGCAGGCCAGGAGUGGUCAAAGAGAGUGUGAAGCUCCACCUUGGAAAUUUUUCAAAGACCUCUUGGUCGUCUACUUCCAAAGAAGCUUAUUGCUAUCACAAGCUGGGUGCUCCAGUUGUGCUGACAAGGAAAAACAAAAACUCCAGUUCCUUACCGAGGGGAGACACUGAUACGAUUCGCAACAGAGAGAGAAUGUCGGUCACCACUAACAGAGUCUCUUUCACUGAUCCGCCCCCUGCAGAGCGUCUAGUGUAUGUGCCUGGGUCUGACCUGAUGACCAAAAGCAACGUACAGUUCAGCCCAGCUCUUACAUCAGGCCUGUACUACACAACCACAGCAAAACAUCACUACGGCAAAAAGGAGGGAGAACCGGCCCGACCAGCCAUCCAGCUCCAUAGCAACAUACUGAGUGGGCCAGAACCUGUGCCAACCCUCAGCACCACCCAGGCUGACUUUCUCCCUCUGAGGGCCUGUAAACAGACACCUUGUCUGUCACUGCAGCAGAGUAACAUCAGGUUUCCACUGGCUGGGCCACGCUUCAGCACCACCCACAGUGAAGACUACACCUCCAAACCUCUGAUCGUGCAGCAGCCAGGCCGCAGCCACUUUCUCUCUCAUUGUGUCGUGAAGUGACUGACAAUCAGAAUUUGGUGACUGGCUCCUGUGUUCUUGCUCCUGACGGAAGA